AUGGGCCACGGCGGUAUGAGUUGUGGAAUGAAAACUGUACGUUUAAUUAUGGUAUUGUUCAAUGUUGUAUUUUUUUUAAUUGGUGUUGCUCUUCUUGCACUUGGCAUUUAUGUUAUGGUUGAUCCAAAAUUUCAAAAGCUGAAAGAAUUUUUACCACUUAGUACAGAUCCAGGAAUUGCAAAGGGUUUAUCGUAUCUUGAAGUAAUAGGCAUUGCUAUUAUUGUUUUGGGCUCUGUUCUAUUAGUUGUUGGCUUUCUGGGCUGUUGUGGCGCAAUGAAACAAGUGAAAUUGUUUCUAAUAUGCUAUGGACUUAUUGUCGCACUUAUUAUCAUUGUCGAGGUAGCGAUAACAAUAUAUUUUGUUGUUUUUCAAGCAAAUUUUAAAAUUCAAUUUGUACCAAAACUACAACAAUCAAUUAAAAAUACAUAUGAAGGACCACUUGCAUUAAUCUACGAGGAAAUGCCUAAACCAUCGCCAAUAUCAUUAGCUUGGGAUUUUAUUAUGUAUAAUUUUCAAUGUUGUGGUGUUGAAGGAAAAUUAGAUUUUUAUGGAGCAACAAAUUGGAAUCGUACAAAUCCAUGGUGGAGUCCAUUGUUGCCACCUACUAUGAAAGAAUUCGUAUAUCCAUUAACAUGCUGUCCGAUGGGAAGUCUAAAACAAAACUGGAAUGAUUUACCUUUAGAUCGAUUACAACAAGCAGCUAAUUGUGCUCUCAAUGGAAUUAAUAUUUAUGAGACAGGUUGCUAUAAUAAAUUAGUCGAUUUACUUAAUUCUACCAGGACUUGGGUUAUCGCUGCGGCUGUAGUUGUUCUCGUUAUAGAAUUACUUACCUUUAUUUUUACUAUGGCAUUAUGUUGUCGCGAAAGAAAAGAUACAAUAUAUUAUUCAUCAUAA